AAAGAAAAAAAUUAGAAAUGAUGGUUUUGUUUGAUUGUUAAAAUCAUUUGUACUUGAGCUAUGUUUUUGGCUGCGUCAUAUGUUGCGCGUCGUCGAGUUGAUUCCCUCUGUGUGAGUGCCUGUUCUUCGUCGUCGAGGCAUGGACCUGGUGUGGAGAGGAUGUGGGCGAGCCAGGGGUUGGGGUUGCCGAUGAAGCUGUUGUUGAGUCGGGCGAGUGGGGCGCUGCUGCACGGUACCCGCAGUUUGAGAGAGGGGGACACGAUGAACGAUCACCGUCGAGGCGCUGCUGGCUCGGGGGGGUCGAACAUUCAGUCGGAUUAUCAUCGUUUGUUUCAGCGGCGUGUCAGUGGUAGCUGGAACAAUAGUCGUCGGGCGGGGCCUGCUCACGGUCGUUCCGAGGCGUAUCGGGGGAGUGAAGACGUGAGCGAACUGUACGGUUCAGGUAGAGGUGGGAUAAUGGGUGUUGCUGGUGGUGUGGCCCCGGUUCCUAUGCGGAUUGACUUGAAGAAGCCGGAUUGGUCGCGCAAGGACAGGGAGCAGCAGCCGAUCGCGAAGAAGGAUUUUUACGUUGAAUGCAGUAGUGUUUCUUCCAAGUCUCAGGCUGAGAUUGAUGAGUGGAGAGCAGCUCAUUCCAUAGAGGUUCUUGGUACGGGUAGCUGUCCUCGUCCCAUGUUGAGUUUUGAUGACACACCGUUUGCCGAUUCGGUAAAGGCGCUUUUGAAGUCGAAGUUUGGUGGGCCGUCUCCCAUUCAGUCGCAGGGGUGGUCGCUCGCCCUGACGGGGCGCGAUAUGGUUGGAUCGGCUCAGACUGGUUCGGGCAAGACGUUGGCUUUUAUACUUCCCGCCUUGCACCACAUAGCGAGCCAGCCGCGGUCUGAGUCGUCUUCGCGUGAAUCGACUGACCUCCGGACGAAUCCCAGGGCCGUUUUUUUGGUGCCCACUCGCGAGUUGGCCAACCAGAUUAACGACGAGCUUUUGAUGUUCACGCCGUUGUACGGGUACAGAACCGCUUGUGUUUUUGGCGGAUCCAACAAUCGUUUGAACCAAAUACGCCAGAUUUACCAAAAGCCGGAGUUGUUGGUAGCCACGCCCGGCCGAUUGAUCGAUUUUGUGAGCUCUGGAACGAUUUCGCUGGAAGACGCUUCCUACGUCGUUUUGGACGAGGCCGAUCGCAUGCUGGACAUGGGGUUCGAGCCUCAAGUUCGCGCGAUACUGUCUCAGAUCCAUCCGGACAGUCAGAUCUCGAUGUGGUCCGCGACGUGGCCGAAGCGAAUUCAGCGGUUGGCUUCCACGUUUUUGAAGGAUUCGAUUCGAAUCCGCGUCGGCUCGGACGAUUUAUCCGCCAACAAGAGCGUCAAGCAAGAGUGGGUGUUCUGCACUCGCGGACAGUCCUUGAAUCGGCUCCAGGACCUGCUCAAGGAACACAGGGGCAAAAAAAACGCUGAUUUUUUGUAGAACCAAGAACGGAGCGGACGAAUUGGCGGACUGCCUCUACUUGAAAGGCUACCGCACCAUGUCCCUGCACGGUGAUAAGUCUCAAACCAUGCGCAUGCGCAUCAUGAACGCUUUUAGGAGCAGAAAGGGCGAAAUUUUGAUCGCUACCGACAUCGCCGCUCGCGGUAUCGAUGUCAGCGACAUUCAACUCGUCGUCAACUACCAAAUGCCCACCAACAUAGAGGACUACAUUCAUCGCAUCGGGAGGACCGGCCGUGCCGGACAAACCGGGUUGGCCAUCGGGUUCUUCACCGACGAGGACGUCGAUUUGGUCCCCGAGCUUUUAGAAAUUUUGAAGGAAUCCGAGCAAGAUAUCCCGAAAGAGUUCGAGAACAUCUCGGCGAGGAGCGCGAAAGGUGCGAACUCCCUCCGCUCGCGUCAACAGCCGCAAUACGCGUCGCACCAUCCAGAGCGAAGCUUCUACUAAGCGGGGGAGGCCUUUUACCUCUGUGCUCCAGAUCUCUUGAAUUUUUGAAAAAAAAAAAAAAGCCGUUGCGAACGUCCAAAAAGUUUCCGUGCUUCGGCAAAUACACAACAGCCUUCGUGCACAGAGAGAAGGAGCCGUCGCCAAGUUUGUGGACCAUUUUUUUUUUAGUCUUACGGCCCGCGCGCUCCUCGCACGCACUGGCGCAGGGUCGGACGCGUUUUUUUCCCGCAGAGCGAGGGACGGUCGAACUGCUCUGUG